AUGAAUGAUAUUCUAGAAGACAUCAUUCGUGAUAUUGGAGCUGAUGCUUUCAAGAAUGCUAAUAUGGUAGAUACUUUGCGAAGAGACAUAGAAUAUUUGUUGUGUCCAGGAUGUAAAAAUUUUACAAGAUUUUUAGAUGUGUUAAGACUAUUUAAUCUUAAGGCAAGAGGUGGGUGGACGGAUAAAAGUUUCACUGAAUUGCUUGAAUUGUUGAAAGAAAUGCUUCCUGAAGGUAACACACUGCGAGACCGUACUUAUGAGGCCAAGAAUAUAUUGUGUCCAAUGAGUUUGGACUAUGUCAAAAUAUAUGCAUGUAGUAAUGAUUGCAUAUUAUAUAAGAAAGAUUUUGAAAAUUUGAAGGAGUGCAUGAGGUGCAGGGAGUCACGCUACAAGAAAACAGGCAAUGAUGUUAGUGACAAUGAUAGUGUAACUAGCAAGGGUGUUCCUGCAAGGUAUAUAAUGCUAUCGAUGAUGAUUUCAAGUCCAAAACAACCAGGGAGUGACAUUGAUGUUUACUUAACGCCAUUGAUUGAAUAUUUAAGGAUUUUGUGGGAGGUAGGUGUUGAUUUUGAUGAUGCGUAUACAACUGAUAACUUUAAGUUGUGUGUCAUGUUGCUUUGCACAACCAAUGACUUUCCUGCAUACGGUAAUUUUUCUGAAUACGGCCUCAAGGGACAUAAAGUGUGUCCUAUAUUGCUAAAGGCUUUUAAUAGAGAGCAGGAGUUUGAUAUCGCUCCAAAGCCCUUAACUAGGAAGGAAGUUUAUAGAAAACAACAACACAUUAAGGUUGUCUUUGGAAAGAAACAAAAAAAGUCCAUGGAGAAAAAUAUUUGGAAAAAGAGACUGGUAUUCUUUGAUGUGAUGCAUAUGGAGAAAAAUGUAUGUGAUAGUCUUAUUGGAACACUUCUCAACAUUAAAGGAAAGACAAAAGAUACUAAGAAAUCCCGCGAAUAUAUGGUUGUGAUGGGUAUACGACAAGAGUUAGACCCAAAAGAAGUAUGA